AUGGAAUCUGGAGAGACAAGACAUUUACUUUUGUAUAUUGUUGGCCACCGAAUUUCUCAUGGCUGGAAGGAAGCCAAUGAACCAGUCACCCAGUGGAAAGCCAUCAUUCUAGAUCAACUGCCAACAUAUCCCUCUCUCUAUUUGUUGAAAUAUGAUGGGAUUGAUUGUGUCUAUGGCUUGGAGCUUCACAGCGAUGAAAGGAUUUUAAACCUUAAGAUCCUGCCUAAUAAUGUGCCAUUUCCUCAGGUGACAGACACUCAUCUGUCAAACACCAUAGUUGGCAGAGCAGUGAAACAUACAUUCACGGGCACAAAUGGCUCUAAGGAAGACUGGAAUGGGAUGGUCCUAGAGGAGGUGCCAAUCAUGAAGACCUGGUUCUAUAUUACCUACAAGAAAGAUCCGGUCUUGUAUAUUUACCACCUCCUGGAUGACUCCCUUGAAGGCAACCUCCACAUCAUGCCAGGCUCUAAGGAGGAGUGCAGUGUCAUGGUCCCAGAUGAGGUGCAGACCAGGAUGACCUGUUUCUACAUUGUCAAGGAGAAUGAUCCAGUCCUGGAUUCCUUGGCAGGCAAAGGUGUGCAGUACAACAAAAAAGAUGGAACCCAAGAGAUAGGUAAAAUUAUUUGCCAAGUUCCCACCAAACCUUCUCUGUAUUUCAUCAAGUUUAAUAAUGACUUCCAUAUCUAUGUCUACGAUUUGGCUGUCAGUGGAUUCAGUUUUCCACAUGUCUAA